AUGUCGCACAUUCUACACCACCUGGCAUCUAGGGCGGAGCAAAGCAAUGGCCCCGUGCCCUCGGCGCUCAUCGAGCAGCUCAACGCCAACGGUAGCACCGAACCCAAGAAGGUCGCCAUCACCAUCGUCGCCUUUGUCGCCCUCGCUCUCUUCACCCUCAUUGCCUUCCAAAUUCUUCGUCCCAACAACAAAAUCGUCUAUGCUCCCAAGUACAAGUAUGCAGAGGAAGGCAAAGCGCCGCCAAAAGCGUCCGAAGGCUUCUUCGGCUGGCUCCCUCCCAUUAUCAAGUACAAGGAGCACGACCUCUUGCCCCUUAUCGGCCUCGAUGGUGUCACCUUCCUUCGCUUCAUUCGCAUGAUGCGAUGGAUGCUCACCGCGCUCGCCGUGCUCAUGUCCGUGGUGCUCAUGCCCGUCGACAUCGCAUACAAUGUGCGCAACGGCGGUUCUAACCUCGUCUCGAACAAGCUCAACUACCUCAACAUGUCCAACGUCCACGGCAGCUACAUGUGGGCGCACGUUGGCAUGAGCUACGUCGGUACCAUCGUCGCGCUCUCCUUCAUCUGGUUCCACUACCGCGAAAUGGUUCGUCUUCGAUGGGCUUACUUCCGCUCCGAAGAGUACCAGACCAGCUUCCAUGCUCGAACCCUCAUGAUCACCGACGUCACCAAGCGCUAUCAGGCCGAUAACGCCCUCGGCGCGGUGCUGUCCGAGCUCAAGAUGCCCUACCCCACCACAGAGGUCCACAUCGGUCGUCGCGCAGGCGUUCUGCCCGACCUUAUCGAAAAGCACAACGACCUGGUACGCGAGCUCGAACACGUCCUCGCCAAGUACCUCAAAAAUCCGAAUCAGUUGCCCUCCAAGCGCCCUACCAAGACCGUCGGCGGCUUCAUGGGCAUCGGCGGCGAAAGAGUCGACGCCAUCGACUACCUCACCGCACAGAUCAACCGCGUUGAGGCCGCCGUCAUGCAUCAACGCGAGACCAUCCAGCAAAAGCAGCCCGAGAUGUACGGCUUUGCUUCGCUCGCUGCCGUUCCUUACGCACAUGCAGCAGCCAAGGUGCUCCAGCACAAGAAGCCAGGCGGCAUGCGUAUCACCCUCGCGCCGCCUCCUACCGGCAUCAUUUGGCAGAACCUCACCAAGUCUCGUGCCAGCCGCGCCAAGUCGAGCUUCCUCGGUUUCCUCAUGCUCCUCGUCCUCUUCUUCAUGAACAUCUUCCCGCUUAUCGCCGUAUCGCUGAUCUCCAACAUGGCCGGCCUUACCAGCAUCUCGUGGCUCGGCUGGCUCAAGGGUUGGCAGAGUUCGAGCUCCUUCACCUUUGCGGCCGUCUCGGGUCUGGGCGCUCCCAUCAUCAUGGGUAUCGCCUCCUUCUUCUUCCCCCUCGCCAUGCGCAGGAUCGCAAAGUAUCGAGGUGUGCAGACGCGGUACCGCCUCGACCGCCUUCUCGUAGGCCAGUACUUUGGCUUCCUGGUUAUCUCGCAAUUUGUCUUCUUCUCGCUGAUCGGCGUCGUCCUUUCGCUCGUGUCGCAGCUUGUGCGGGACAUCAACCACAAAAGCGCGGUCUCCAUCAUCGAGUCGCUCGGUCGCAACGCUGCUUACGCCGCCAAGCAGCAGUAUCUCAAUCAGUCCAACUAUUGGCUGACCUGGCUGCCUCUCCGAGGAUACCUGGCCGUGUUUGACCUGGCUCAGGUCAUCAAGCUCAUGCUGGUCUGGAUCCAGAAAGUCUUCUUCGGACGCACGCCACGCGAUGUGCGCGAGUACACCAAGCCACCCGUGUUCGACUACUGGAUGUACUAUGCCAACUUCCUCUUCAUGGCGGCUGUGGCCAUGAUCUAUGCGCCGCUGGCCCCCCUGGUCGUUGUCUUUUCAGCCGUCGUGUUCUGGGCCAACUCGUUCAUCUACAAGUAUCAGCUCAUGUACGUGUUUGUCACCAAGCACGAGACGGGCGGCAUGCUGUGGCGACCCGCCAUCAACCGCCUGCUGGUGUGCAUCGGCUUCAUGCAGGUCAUCCUCAUCCUUGCCGUCGUGCUCGAUACGCUCAACUACUACCAGGCCAUCGCUGCGCUGCCACCCGUUCUGAUGCUCAUCGCCUUCAAGAUCUACUGCCGUCGCACUUUUGACAGUCGCUUCGACUGGUACAUUCCCAACGAAGCCGAGAUCGCCGCUUCCAAAAUCCACGGCGGAGAUGCGCGUCACAACCGUUUGCAGCGCCGCUUUGGACACCCGACGCUUCACUCGAAGCUUUUCACGCCCAUGGUGCACGCAAAGGUCAAGCACCUGCUACCGCAAGUGUACAAGGGACGUCUCGACACAGGUGUGGCCGUGGUCGACGGACGAAAGGUCGAGACCGAGCAAGUGGCAGGUGGACUCAAGAUCGCGGCCAUCGAAGAGGACCAGCUGGAGUACGAUCCCUCCAAGGACUCGGACUCACGCUCGGUCAUGUCUGGCACCACGCUCGGCGGUAUGUCGAUGGCGGGCGUCGGCGUCACCACUCCUGGAAGCAUGACCGGCGGCCCACGCGGCGACUACUUCAAGGACCAAUACGCCAACUACAUGGCAGGCGCACCUAUGCACGGCGGUGAAGAGUUCGAGAUGUCCAACGUGGCGGCGCGCGACAGCCGCGACAAUCUGCUUGAAAAGCGUCAGAACAGCCUGUACAACGAGUCGCUGGAUGGCACGCUAGCCGGCACCACCUACGGUGGCAAGGCGUCGCCCGAGGCGGGAGCGGGUGCGCAUGGACACUACCAUGGCUACUCGGCAGCAACGACGCCAGGACUGGAGUCGGGCGUCGCUCAGCAAGCCGGCUACGUCGACCCGUACAACCAGGGCGGCGGAGCAUACGCGCCACACAUGGGGAUCAACCACAGCGCUCAGGGAAGUCAGACAAGUCUGGGCUCGUACGGCAACAUGCUGUACGGCACUCAUACCCCGGCUUCCCAAGGCGGAUACGGCUCUCCCGGCUCGCAUGUCGCCUAUGGCGAAGGUCUUGCAAGGAGCAACGCUGCUCCCGGACACAUGGCAUCGGCUGGCGCAGCGCAGCAAAUCUCGCCAGGCACAGUGAUCGCGCCUACAGCGACACAAUUCGGCGCAGGCGGCUACACGGCUUCACCACCGCACAUGCAGCAGCCACAGCGCUACAUGGGCGCUCCUCCAUCGCGUCAAGCUUCGGCGGAUUACCCAUACCAACCAAGCGGUGGGUACGGACACCCUCACGCUCAGCAAGCGCCAGCAUACACAUCGCAGGGACAGUACACAGGCGCACAGCCUCGCCAGCAGCAACAACAGGACCCUCGUGGGCCGCCCUCAAGUGGAGGCAACCCCUACGCCUCCGCUCAUGGCUCGCAGCCCAAUUCGGGCUAUCAUGCGCAGAAUGGCUGGAAUGGCUACCAGUGA